CGGAUUUCCGCUAGUGAAUAGCCCAAGUUUUUAGUCUAUGAGUAGUUUACAGCAGACGGUUGAAGUUCGGGACCCCUGGUGGUUGAUGCCAUCACCACCCAUCCGCACGCCAUCGACGAGGUAACCUCUCCGGGCCAAUCUAUCUGUCGACUCGAUAUCGGCUCCCCCUCCCGCUUGAUAUCGGCUACCCCUCCCAUAGGAAGAAUGUACGCGCACGCCAUAUUAGUCGGUAGACUCUGAUCGCAACCACGUGGGGGUUAUAAAUGGCCGCAUGGUCGAGCGUAUCGACACUGGGGGUGAAGAUACACGAGGGGAUUGUCGUGUCAGAAGAAAAGAGACGAACAGGAUACCAGCGACAGGCUACCUGGCAAAAUGUCCGCUAACCUCGAAGCGCUGAAACACAUUUCGGAGGACUCCGGGUUCCCUAUUACGAUCCACCCGAACUUCUCCCCCAGGAUCAAGGACCAUGUACCGCCGGAGCCGGUGCGGGAGCAACUCUUCCCGGACAAGGACCGAGCCACCUUCGCGGAUCCGGAGAAGAAGGCUCUCUUCGCCGUCGCGAAGGCCACGGACCUGACGGAGUCGAUCGGCACGGUGCUGGAGGGCGUGCAGCUGUCGCAGCUGACGCCGCAGCAGCUCGACGAGCUGGCGCUGCUCGUCAACGAGCGCGGCGUCGUCUUCUUCCGGGGCCAGGACCUGACGACGGAGCAGCAGGUGCGGCUGUUCGAGCACUACGGGACGCUGGACCGGCACCCGGCGCAGAAGGACGUGCGGCACGUGGUGAUCCACGGCAGCAGGGAGGACCACCGCGAGGUGCUCAAGUACACGCCGUGGCCGCUGGGCGACUGGCACGCCGACACGUCGUUCGAGAUCAACCCGCCGUCGUACUCGCUGCUGCGCAUGGAGGAGCACCCGGCCGUCGGCGGCGACACCGCCUGGGUCUCGGGCUACGGGCUCUACGACACGCUCAGCGCCGCGCUGCGCCGCUUCGUCGAGGGCCUGCACGCCGUGCACACCUCGCGCCUGCAGUACGACACCAUCCUCGACCUGUGGGGGGUCGGCCCGAACCGGCCGCCGGUCGACUCGCACCACCCCGCCGUGCGGACCCACCCCGUCACCGGCCUCAAGGCGCUCAACAUCAACACGGGCUUCGUCACCGGCUUCGCCGAGCUCAAGAAGCACGAGUCCGACAAGCUCCUCGACUUCUUCGCCUACCACAUCCACUCCGCCGACGACCACUCCGUGCGCUGGAAGUGGGAGGUCGGCAGCGUCGCCAUGUGGGACAACAGGUGCGUGCUGCAUCGGGUCAUCCCCGGCGGGUACGAGGGGCCGCGGCGCGGCAUCCGCACGACCGUGUUCGGCGAGAAGCCAUACUACGACCCGAACAGCGAGAGCAGAGCGGAACGCCAGCGCAGGCUCAAGGCAGAGGCAGCGGCGCCGGCGGCCAACGGAGAGGCCAACGGGCACAGUGCUGUCAAGGAGGACCCUAUCAGCGCACCCGCAUAAAGGUUGAACACGGGGGUGUGCGCAUUGCUGAAAAAGGGGGCCCGUACGGUGAAGGACUGGGAGCAGCGCACAAGCCUCCAGCAAUAUUACGUGCUAGGCAUAGGAAAUAUAGUCAGGGUGUAUGAAUGGCAUGUUAAGGACUGUUUCUAUUACCUUUUGGUUGCCUUGACCCUCCCGUUGGCGUGACACAGCCGAUUUUCGCAGGCUAUUGGAUCCGAAGGACAUAGACGUAGACAACGCC